UUUAGGGACGAGCUUAACAAGGAUUUGUUGAUUACAAAGGAGGAGUUGUGUCAUAAUAGACCAAAGAAAAGUUAUACUAGUCACGCAAAAUUAAAACUCUGAAAAAAUCGCUUUCAAACUUCAAAUAAGGCAGGGACCAAAAAUUUACCCCCUGAAACCGAAAGUUUAAACUCCCAAAGAUCUGAUGCAUUAUCAAGUAACACUGCUAAAAUCCCUCAUGUCAGAUCUCAGUAUAUUUCGAACAUUUUCCAGAUCCCAAAACUGGAUAUAAACAAGCUUUGCUCGAAGAAAUAAAUACAUCGCUUCUGAUGAUGGAGGUCUUUCUCAUGAAUUCGAAAAACAAUUUUAUUCAAAAUGGAUAGUCCCUCCUCAAACAACCACUAUGUCUAUGCGCAAGCAGAAACUCAGUCGUUUCAAGGCGGAACAAAUGAAGAAAAUGAAGUCUGAACUUCGAAAUAUGAUUCAGUUCUUCGAGAAUAUCCAAAAGACUCAUGAAGGUGAUGACUCGAUCAACAGUGAUCUAGCUCCUGAAUCUGAAACGGAUAAAUUAGGAAAUUUUACUAAAAAUAUGCUAAACCAAAGGCGCUCGACUAGCCAAGUACUUUUUCAGCCAUCUAGAAUCAGCUUUAAGAACAAGGAGUCCUCUCCUAAGCACGAAAGCUCAGAAUCAAACAAAUUUCAGAGCCCUGUUCAAUACUCAAGUCUAACAGGUAUGGACCAGAACUCGAGAUUGCUAUCUCUUAAGAAGGCACAAAAAAGCAAAUUUGCAAGCCAGUCUUCAAUCCUGAAAAAGCGGUUUGCAAACAAUUCAAAACUACACUCAUUACGAGUCACCACAAGCAGACAGUCGAUUUUCAAGAAGAACCAGCCUAUUAAAGCAGAGGCUAAGCACAGCUUGGCUUCACCUGAUAAACGAAUGUUCUCUCAGAGUACCCAGAAGCAUAAGCUUAGCCCAGACAAAAUACACUGGAUGAGUAUCCAGACACCUGUAGUGACUAGGAAACGGCUAAAGCUAAAUUUUGAGAAAGCUCAUCAUGCACAAAUCAAUGUUGAAGCUAGCUGUUCUCCUUCUAAAUCUCCCUGUAGUGAAGAACCCACUACUAUAACUUCAAGAGCAAACUAUGAUUUUGGAACCAUGAACAGUUUUAAGGAGAAUAAGAACUUUAAAAAGAAGAAAUUCAGGCUAAAGCGGCCUAACAAGAAGCGAAUGGCUUUAAAAUAAUCAGAAAGCUACUCUUGGCCAGCUCAUGCAGGUUUGUAAGGAAAAUGAAUCCAGAGCGAAGAAAGAUAUCCAAGACUUUAGUAAAUGCACAUUUAAAAUCAGCAAAACAUUUCAAAGGUUGAAGCAAGUUAACCGGUUGGUUGAGGAUGAAAGGAUUUCUGAAAAGGAGAUCUCUCAGAUUGAUGUAGAAGCAGAGGAUCUGUCUGAGGCAAAGCAACAUUCUAACAGGAAAUAUUUCGCAAAAGCAUGUGAAGAGAAAAAGAUUUAUAACCUUGAAUAUGACCAAGCUGAUCGGGAAAAUGAGGAGAUUGCUCAGCUGAUCAAUUUUAAUAUAAAAGGGUCCAUCUCUAGCAAGGAAAUGAGCAAGAUGUUGUCAAGAAGCCAUGUGUUUAACAAAUACAACAGGAAGUUUCGGCUUAGCAACAGCCAAAAGAAGCUGAAUAUCCAGUUUUAA